GUCGGCUCGGCGGGGUGAGGCCGGGCUCGGGGCAGGGCCGGCGGGGUCUGCAGGGCCCGGGGCUCGUUACAGCGGUUCUACCCGCCUCGACGCAGACAUGGCGGCCGAGAAGGACCAGCAGAACGAUGCCGAGGCAGAAGGGCUGAGCGCCAAGACCCUGCUGCCGAAACUGAUUCCGUCUGGCGCGGGUCGUGAGUGGCUGGAGCGGCGCCGCGCGACCAUCCGGCCCUGGAGCACCUUCGUGGACCAGCGGCGCUUCUCGCGGCCGCGCAACCUGGGCGAGCUGUGCCAGCGCCUCGUCCGCAACGUGGAAUACUACCAGAGCAACUACGUGUUCGUCUUCCUGGGCCUCAUCCUAUACUGUGUGGUGACGUCUCCCAUGCUGCUGGUGGCUCUUGCUGUCUUCUUUGGCGCCUGUUACAUCCUCUAUCUGCGCACAUUGCAGUCCAAGUUCGUGCUCUUUGGCCGUGAGGUGAGCCCAGCCCAUCAGUAUGCUCUGGCUGGGGCCGUGUCCUUCCCCUUCUUCUGGCUGGCUGGUGCAGGCUCGGCCGUCUUCUGGGUGCUCGGGUUUGCCUUCCCGGAUUGGGCCUACAAGCCCGAGUCGUCCCCGGGCUCCAGGCAGAUCCAGCUGUGGCACUUUAUCCUGGAGCUGCUGCAGAAGGAGGAAUACCAGGGUGUCAUCGCCUGGCAGGGGGACUACGGGGAGUUCGUCAUCAAGGACCCUGACGAGGUGGCUCGGCUCUGGGGCAUCCGCAAGUGCAAGCCCCACAUGAAUUAUGACAAGCUGAGCCGGGCCCUGCGCUACUACUACAACAAGCGGAUUCUCCACAAGACCAAAGGGAAGAGGUUCACCUACAAGUUCAACUUCAGCAAAGUCGUGCUUGUCAAUUACCCAUUGUUGGAUGUGGCAGCAGCCACCACCGGCUCCCCGCUCUUGCUGACCCCUGGUCCCUUUGGGGGGGCCCCUGGGCCAGAUGCUCCUCCCCUCACCCCCGAGACCCUGCAGACCCUGUUCUCUGCCCCACGCCUGGGAGAGCCGGGGGCCAGGGCGCCUCUGUUCACCCCUGAGACAGACAAACUGCGACUGGACAGCCCUUUCCCAUUCCUGGGCUCUGGUGCCACCGGCUAUUCCAAGCCCCCUGGCCUGCUGGGUCCGUAUGGCCGCGCCUUCCCAGAGUACCCCUGGAACUUUAACCCCUACCUCACUGGCCCCUUCCCCAAGCUGCCCCCUUCUCUGUACCCCCCGCACUUCUACCCCAACCCUCUGGCCAGUUCCCUGGGCCACCUGCCCACGGCAGGCGGGGGAAGUCCCACAGCUGCGCCCCUCCUCACUGCGACUGGGGAGGGCCUGGGCCCUGAGCGCCCUUCAGGCUUGGCCACGGCCCCCCGCCUGGCCCUGCCGGGGGCUGGGGGUCCAGAGGCCGCGCUGGGCGGGAAGGACGACAGCGACUCAGAGCUGGAGAUCACCGACGUCAGCGGCUGCAGCUCUGACAGCGAGGGCGACGAGGGCCUCCCCGUGCCCCCCAAGGCCAAGGCUGGCAAAGCGGGGGUCGGCAGCUGAGUUGGUCUAGGGUGCUGGAUUCUGCCAAGGCGGGGACCGGGGCAGCCACCUGUGCAACCUCUUCUGUCAUCUGGUCUUCCCCCAGUGUCCUGCCCCAGGCCGGGAGUGGCCCUUGGCACCCACCCAGGGCCGGGUACAUGGUGGCCCAGUCCCCUUCUUCCCCAAUCCCAGAAUGGGGGUCUCAUCUCCCCUUCCAGAGGAGGGAGGGAACGUGAUGGCCUCCAGCCUCCUCCCCAAGUUCCAGUUGGAGUGGGGUCCCCACCUGGCCCCACUCCCAAAGUGCAAUACGGCGCCCAGCCUCCCCCACCCCUGUGCUGUAACCUGUGUGUUUGUGUGGCCCCAGUCCUGACACCUGCCCAUCCAGGCCCCCUGGGGACAGGGAGCUCAGAGCAAUAACCCCGCCCCCAGCCCCCACCCA